AUGGAGUUUUCAAAAAUUUCAUCAACAUCAGAUGCGUGCAUCAAUGAAGAAUCACAGCCGGGCCACCUCCUCUACGAAUGUUUGGACAGUUGCUUACUGAAUUCACACUUAAGCGACAUAAACGGAGUGAAGUUUCCUGGCGCAUUCGGGAGAGAACCCAUCGGCACAGUAUGGAAAGCUUGGACGGCUGUUAGCAUAUUCGCAAGCAGUGAUCUGGACCUUGGAAAGAAGAUAGGGCUCUAUCGUGAGGGAGCAACUUGUCUGGAUGCGAAAUCGCUAGAAAAGGCUCUACUACUAGCUUUUGAAAAGUGUACAUCAUGGACGGAAUCCAUCUGCAGCAAAAGCGGUGUAAAAAAGCAUGCACCUGUGAGAAGCUAUGACGUCCAGAAGCUGUACGACGAGGCACUGAAGGCAGUGAAACUAGAGAUGGCUUUGACGGAGAAGAGUCAGUGGCCAAGAAAACAUGGUCCAGUUGCAUUUUUGGCGCCUAGGUGCGCAGGAUCUCUGGAGAAGGAUGGGCUAAGGUGCGGCGUUAUGACGAAAGUAAUCGUCCAAUUCAGCCAACUGAAAGGAGCUCGAGAAGCUGAAGAAUUGCCGAGUUUGGAUCAUCGUUUGGCCACUAGAUCAGAAAAGAAGACGAAGCCAUUAAGGGUGCAGUAA